AUGCUCUGGCUACUACUCGCAUGCCUGCUUGGCGUUGUUGUCGCUGAGCCUCAGCGUCAAUAUGCAAACAACAACAAGCACUUCUGCUCUAGUGUUAAGAAGAUAGUCACCGCAUUCAAACAGCAGAAACCUGCAUCGAAAUACUGCAGUUCGUACCUAAGCAUCACCCCAUCAGUCACGACUUCGACAGUUACCGUUCCUCCAACACCAGGUCCAUGUAAGGCUAGUGCAGUGGUCAGCCCCAGAUCCGAAGCUGGCAAGCUGCUCAAGAGACGGCCUUAUGAGCCAAAGCCAAAGUGUUUCGCCGGCUACACAAAGAAAUCCGUCAUCGCAUCUGCUUGCAGCUGCAUCGUGACGCGCCCAAAACCUGUAACCACUACGGUGACAGUGAUCUCAGGUGCUCAACCUCUACCUACGACUCCAUCCACAUUUCGCAUACAGGCAGUCGAGGUUGACGACAGCGAAGUGCCCGAGGCCGCCGCUUUGGAAGGAAAUUACGCGAGUCAAGAAGACGACAGGAAUCCUUUGCCAGAUGUCGAAUUCAUUGUUCCAUCUGCGGCCCCCGAGUCGGCACUCAUCUUCACCUUCGUUCCAGGAACCAAUAACGUACAAACAUUAUCCGACAUAGUUCGCGUCUUGAUCGGCGAGAGACCACCCGGCGAGGUUGAGGUAGCUGGGGAGGAAAGGCUCGAGCUGGCGGCAGCACCAGGUGGACAAACGAACAGUGGUUCAGGGCGAAUCCAGGCUGUCGUGAACUGCACGAUCGUGCCUCGCGAGGAUCAGACGUGCACAUUGAACUGCAUCCGGCCUGGCGUUCUCAUGGACAGAACGCAUAUCAGUAUUGGAAAUGCACAAUGGCGAAUCAGUGAUAGAGAUACGGUGAGCGCUGGAUUCGGCGAGGUGAGAUUUAGAGCUAUCGCUGUUGAAGUUCUCCAGGAGUGAGGAUCACGGAGAGUCUUUGUGCGCUUUGGUGUUUAGUUGGUCUAGGUAUCAACGUCCACGAGAAGAUUCUCGAGCAUAGCCCUCAACACCUUUCCGGUGUAUGCGUUCUCUUUUUCCAAGAUUCGCUGG